GGAACGGUUAGUGCAUAGUAGAAUCUGGUAAUUCACGAUCUUCUCUGACAUUGCAUACAUGUUUUUUUGUAUGACGAAAUGGACAGACGAACCUUUUCUCCUUCUUAGCUGCUAAAUAAACGCCGUAGUUGAUACGAAUACGAAGUAUCCUAUCAGAGCAAAAGAGGAGAAAACGAAACAACAUUGCAAAAUAGAACUGGUAAACCAACUGUGUUUGAUUUCGGCUGCUGCGGGCAUGAGGUGCACAAUCGCGAGAACCGUUAACUUCUGAUGCACUCAACAAAGAAAAGGAAUUGCGACAGCGUUAUCACAAGCUUUCAUUUUCAAACAAAUUACGCAAUACGUGAGUGAAAAGGUAAAACAUAAGCAAAGAAUCUGAAGAGGUGUUCCAUCUACCAUGAGAAACAUGAGUAAUCCAAUGGAGGGUGCGCCUCAAGACAUUUUACCAGAAAUAGACUCAGACAUACUUCUACAGCUUCUGGGGUCAGAUUUUUCUUCACCUCAGCCGCCCAGCCCUCCAUUGGACUUCCAGCUGCCUGGCCCAGCCCCCAUGUAUCCACCUCUGCCAGAGUCGACUGCCCCGGUGCUGGUGCCACGUGGAACAGGGCCCCAGCCCCAGUUCCUUGUCUCUGAGCUCCGCCCGAGCUCUGUUGGCAUGGCGUCGUCCCAGGGGUCGGCGGCGUCCCGUGGCAGCCGUGGGACGCAGGGCAAUGCAAGGAGCGGACAGGAGGCUGCGAGGACGCAGAUGCAGGCGCAGACAGGGGCGGAGCCAGAGGGGCCGAUGCUGGUCAUCGUGGAGCAACCAAAGGAGCGAGGCAUGAGGUUCCGCUACGAGUGCGAAGGGCGCUCGGCAGGCAGCAUCCUGGGAGCCUCCUCCACAGAGAAGAACAAGACCCUCCCUACCAUAGAGAUCCAGGGUAAUGUGGAGAAUGUGAAGGACAUCAAAGUUACUGUGUCCUUGGUGACCAAAGACAAUCCAUACCGCCCACACCCCCACUGCCUCGUGGGUAAAGGGUGCUACGAAGGCAUCUGCGUUGUUCACAUCAACCCCCGGGCCACCCACAGGCACAGUUUCUCCAACCUGGGGGUCCAGUGUGUGAGACGAAAGGAGAUGGAUGCGGCCUUGGAGAAGAGGCGGAGCCAGAACAUUGACCCAUUCAAUACUGGCCACACAAAGAGCAUCGAGGACAUAGACAUGAAUGUGGUGCGGCUGUGCUUCCAGGCGGAGGUGGAGCGAGAGGACGGGGAGACAGUGUCCUUGGGGCCGGUGCUGUCCAGUCCGAUCUACGACAACAAGGCAACCAUCACAUCAGAGCUGAAGAUCUACCGGCUGAACGUCAGUCAGGGACCAUGCACCGGCAAAACGGAAAUUUACAUGCUGUGUGACAAGGUUCAGAAAGAUGACAUUGAGAUCAUCUUCAGCCAUGACGGGUGGGAGGCCAGGGCAGAGUUUGUGCAGACAGACGUCCACAGGCAGAUUGCCAUCAUCUUCAAGUCGCCCCCUUACCAAGAGCUGGACAUCAGCAAGGAGGUGGAGGUCAACGUCACUCUGCACCGCCUCUCUGACGGCAUGGACAGCGAGCCCGUCAAAUUCACCUACCUGCCGCACAACCCAGACCCUUAUGAAAUAAACCGGAAGCGAAAGAUCAGAUCGGAGAGGAGCGCCAAUGUGUGCAACAUCCCAGCACAGAACCUGGCCCUGCCAGAGCCAUCUGCACCUCUGCUCUUUGAUCCUUAUGUCUUUGGCAUAUCUGAGAGCACAGGUUUGACCACAGCUCCCCUGCCAGCAGGGCCUCCCCUCCUGACCACACCCACCACCGAGGGGGCGGAAUGCCCUUAUGCUGCUCUACUGGCUCAGGUUGACCUCACCCCCGAACAGGACGCUCUGGUUUACAACCUGAUACUUCGCAACAUAGCCAACGGCAGUCAGGAGCUUUUUCCCUCAAACCUUUCCACUGGGCAGCAGGACCAGCAAAAUGGUGACUCUGACUACACAUUCUGCAACAUCGACGUUUCCGCUUUCAUUCAGCUGACGGCCGGCACGGACUCCUCCCUUUGCUCUGACGAACCAAUGACAGACAGAGAGUGAGGUCAGCUUGUGUGUUUGGUGACACCAAUGGAAUGGAAUCUUCACUGGUCUGGUGAAGCCCCUCCCACACGACCAACCUGGCCACGCCUCCUAGAGCCAUGGAAGGUGGAGUCCAACUUCACGUGAAAGGCCACA